AUGAAUUUAAAUCCAACCAAGCACCAAGAAGUCAACUCUCUGGAAGGUCGAAAAUCAAACAAUCCCCAAGACCCAUUUAUCUGGCCCCUCUGGAGGAAAUGGUGGGCAACGGGGCUGGGCCUUCUUGCGAGUUUCAUCUGCUCGAUGAACGGGACCAUCCUCUCCGUAGCCCACCAGCCCAUCGGCGAAGAAUUCCACAUUUCCGAUGCGACAUUUCCGAACUCCUACUGGCUCACGACCUCCUGGGGCUUAGGCGCAGCGCUGUGCCCGCUGUUUUUAUUUCCCAUCAUGGAGGACUUUGGAGUUCGACCCGUGCUUCUGAGCACCUACUUCGUUUUCGUCUGUUUCUUGAUUCCGGUCGGCUUUGCGCAGAAUUAUGGCACGCUGGUGAUUGUUCGUUUCUUCAGCGGCGGGUGUGUUCCGCUGAUCAGCGAUGCCGUGGCUGGUAUCGUGUCGAACGUCUUUCAUGAAGAUCGGGCCAGGUGUAUACCAGUCAGUCUGUAUGUCACCAUAUAUCUUGCUUCCACUAGUAUAGGUCCCGUUGCCGGUGCUUCGAUACUACGGUUUCUUUCGUGGCGCUGGAUUGGGCAUAUGGAGGUAAUAUGGACUGCUGUACUCUUUCCAAUUCUUGCUGUUGGUCUUCCCGAGACUCGCGGAUUAUCCAGUGUGAAACGUCUGCGGUCGGACGGAGACAUGAAGGCAUGUUCAGCAGCAAGGCUCGGUCGCAUACGCACACUAUUGCCUCAGGGUGUCUUCAAGAAUGUGACGCGGCCGCUGUUCAUGCUUGGCCACGAAUUGGUGGUUUUUGUUGCUGCUCUGUGGGCGGCCUUCAGUCUCGGAACAAUAUAUUUGUUCACCCAGUCAGUGGAGCAAGUGUAUACGGCUCUCUAUGGCUGGGAUGCUGUCGAGGCAGGAUACGUCCAGGUUGCGAUUGUUCUUGGCGAAAUUCUGGGCUGUGGAUUCUGCAUGUCCACGAAUAACUGGUACUACGACUCUGCGCGCCGGAAUACUGAAGUGCCGGGCAUGCCUAUCUCGGAAGCGAGGCUGUAUGUCUCAAUCAUCGGAGGCUUCUUCGGAGUGACGGGCGGGAUGUUUGUGUAUGGAUGGACGUCAUAUUCCUCCGUACAUUGGAUGGCACCGACCGUGGGGCUGGCAAUGGUGGGGUUUGGGACCACCGCUGUCAUCAUCGGAAAUGCAAAUUACCUGAUUGAUGCUUACAGCAAGUACGCGGCGAGCGCGCUUGGGGCAGUCGGACUCGUCGAGAACAUAUCAAUUGCGUUUCUUCCGCUGGCCACGACAGCAAUGUACACCGAACUCGGAUUCCACUGGGCUAGCUCUUGUCUCGCAUUUGUAUCGUUGGCGUUGGUUGCCGCUCCCUUGGUGGUUCUCCGAUGGGGUGCAGCGGUCAGAUCCCGUAGCCCUUUCAUGAGAGAGGCUAUCAUUGAACGGCGAGGGACAAUCACAACGGAGAGCAUGUAAUGGUGGCUACAUGGAGCACCCUCCGUUAAAAUUGCAUUGACUCGACAUGCAGCGGCAUAAUGUGGUGAUUGAUGACCUUCUCCGUCAA